UGACAUAAACCGUAACAUGACAUUACUAUUGUCGCAUUAGUGUUAUCUUAAUUGUUAGUGUUAUAGGUUACGCCGAGUGAGUUUUGUACAGAAAUAGGAAGUGAAUAGUGUUUAUUUUAUGUAAAGAACAUUAAAAAUAAAUAUAUAUUUUCUAUUUGUCAAAGGACUUUCUUCUAUUUUGGAGUAAAAAUAAAUUAUCUAGUGAUGUUUAACACAAAAACCACUUUAUUUGACUAAAUUAACCUAUUAGUAUUAUUUGUAUGCAUCGAUGCUAUCUCUUAUACGUCGCGCUUAUCGUAAAGUGCGUUUUUUAGCACGCGCUGUGGGGUCAAAAAGUAAUAAAAAUAAUGAAAGUCCACUUCGGCGACUUCUUCAAGAUGCGAGUAACUUCGGAGAGGCAGGUGCUGCAAUACCGGCAGAAGGGGAGCUGCAAUGGGCGACACAACCCUAUGCGACACAGCGUAGUCAAGAACCAAGCCCUUACGUAGAUCCCAAAGAAACCACUGUUAUUCUAUUCCCUGGACAGGGUUCCCAACGAGUCGGCAUGGGUCGUAAUUUACAAGAAGUACCUGCUGCUAAAGAGCUGUACGAACUUGCCUCAAGCAUUGUCGGGUGGGACGUGGGACGAGUCUGUCGCGAGGGUCCGGCCGAGGAGCUCGACCGCCGCUGUCAGACGGCCGUGGUGGUGACCGCGCUGGGAGCCCUGGAGAUGGCGCGCGACACGCGGCCCGCCGCUGUGGAACGAGCUCGCGCCGCCGCCGGCUUCUCGCUCGGGGAGAUCACCGCGCUCGUGUUCGCGGACGCGCUCAGCUUCGAGUCGGCGCUGCGGCUCGUAGAGCUGCGAACGGCGGCCAUGGAGGCGGCAGCGCGCGAGCGCACCGGCGGUAUGCUCACGGUGUGGCUCGCGCCCGACGCCAAGCUCAAGGAGCUGCUGGCUCGAGCGAGAGACCGCGCGCGGUCCCCCGACCUUCCGGAACCCGUCUGCCUCAUCGCCAACUACCUUUUCCCCGGCUGCAAGGUCCUGGCGGGAGACGAACAGGCAUUGAAGUUCGUGGAGGCGGAGGGCCGCAAGUGGGGCGUGAAGCGCUCGGCCCGCGUGCGGGUGUCGGGCGCCUUCCACUCGCCUCUGAUGGCGCGGGCGGAGGAGGCGGUUAGGGAAGCGGUCAACAUGUGUUCGGUGCGCGAGCCGCGGCUUCCCGUGACGUCGUGUGUGGACGCUCGCGCCGCGCGGUCUGUGGCGGGAGUCAAGCGCCGCCUGGUGCGUCUCACCACAUCUCCAGUUCGCUGGGAGCAGGUCCUCCAUGUGUUGUACGCGCGGCCCCCGGACACGCCGCAGCCUCUCACCCUAGCGCUGGGUCCGGGCGGGGCGCUACGCUCUACACUCAAACUCGUCAACGCGCGGGCCUGGGACUCCUCGAUUCAGAUCGACGUCUGAGUAGUUCCCCGUUAUAGUGCUUUAGUUAUAGUAGCAAGAUUUAUACUUCUCAAAAUGUAAAUAAAGUAUUUUAAUUUGCA